AUGAAUUAGGAGAAAUAAAGAAAUCUAUAUUGGAAUCAUUUUAUUGCAGGCUUAAUAGGUGGAUUUAUAAGUGUGACAUUAUGUCAUCCUUUAGAAGUAGCUAGAAGUAGAUUAAAUUUAUAGGUAUGCAAAAUAUAAAAAUUAAGAAUGCCACAAAAUCUGUUAAUAAAUACAGUGGAUUUCUUAAUACACUUUAUGUAAUAUUUAAAGAGGAAGGAUUCUCUGGUUAUUAUAAAGGUAAUUUAUUGUUUUUAAAUUAAACAAUAGGUUAUCGAGCAACUGCCAUAGCAAAUCCAUUAUUUCAUUCUCUCUUCUUUCCUUUAUAUAAAUGGAACAAGGAAAUAUUGGAAAUUAGAUAUUAAAUCUAUGGUUUUUAUAACCAUGCUGCAGCAACUGUUUUAACAGGAUUUUUAUGUGAUUUAAUAACCAAUCCACUUUGGGUAUAUUUUUAGUUUAAGUAUAAUUAGCUUAUUAGAACUAGAAUGUAAACAGAAUAUUUGCAUGAUCAUAAUCAUGUUAAAUAUAAAUCAGUAUUUGGAGGGCUUUUUGGAAUGUACAAAGAAGUAUAUUUUAAAUUUUUAAUUGUAGGAAGGAUUUUUUGCAUUAUAUAAGGGUUUAGGUGCUACAGUUUUAGGAUUGUCUCAUGUUGCUGUAUAAUUUCCUAUUUAUGAAAAACUUAAAUAAGAUUAUACAGAUGAGAAUGGUUAACUUUCUCCUAUUGAUAUUCUUAAAGCUUCUGUAUUCUCUAAAUGUAAUAAUUCAUAUUUUGAAUAUACAAUUUAGCUAUUGCAGUAAUUGCAACAUAUCCUCAUGUAGUAAUUCGAACAAGAUUACAUGAUAAUAAAACAAUAUAUAAAAAUGGAUUCAGUUCUAGAAUAAGAAUUAUAGACAUUUGUAAAGCCAUUUAUGAACAAGAUUCAAUCAAAGGAUUCUAUAAAGGUCUCAUACCUGAUUUAAUCAGAGUUUUACCUUCUAACAGCAUAACUUUUCUUGUUUAUGAACUCUUCAGUAAGUAUCUAGUCUAAAAAUUUUGA